AUGCACAUGCAGUGCAUUUUUCCUGUCUCCCGGCAGCUCUCUGCCUGUGCUCUCGUCUCAAUGCAGUGGCAGAGUCGACGGUCUGACCGUCACCGUCACCGUCAUCGCGCAUCCAUGGUCAUUCAGGCGGACAAGCAUUUGGAAGGCCGAUGGGCGACAUAUAUACUUGCAAGGAAGCGUAGCGCGCCAGGCCGGCCCGAUGCCGUCUCCAGGUUAAGCUAA